GGUUCUCGGAUCUGGCGAGUGCACCCGGCUCAGACUAGCGUGACAAUCUCAGCUGCUGCACUUCGCCCUGGAUAUUCUCCAACAACACGCCGCUUGGAUGUGCAACAUGACUUUUGAGGAAACCAGCGGAGAAAACUCAUCAGAAAGGAUGGAAUCGGUGGCCAAAGCGUUAGAGGAGGUGCUGAGCACCGCGUUGCCUCAGGGUUGCAUCACCAUCGGAGUCUACGAAGCAGCGAAAUCCCUAAAUGCGGAUCCAGACAAUGUGGUGUUGUGUCUUCUGGCCACGGAUGAUGAAGAGGAUGUGGCGCUCCAGAUUCACUUCACCUUGAUUCAGGCCUUCUGCUGCGAGAAUGACAUCAACAUCCUGCGUGUCAGCAACAUGAGGCGGCUGGCAGAAAUAGUGGGCGGGGGGAAACCAGGCGGGGAGCCCGCUGACCUGCACUGUGUUCUGGUCACGAAUCCUCAGUCCUCCCUGUGCAAGGACCCUGCUCUGAGCAAGGUUCACAGAUUCUGCAGCGACAGCCGGUGUUUGGAUCAAUGGGUGCCGGUGAUCAACCUGCCCGACCGAUGAAGCCCGUCUGGAUUUGAACCGUGUCUAUGUGCAUUCAAAAGUAAAUCAUUCGCGCCCCGGCCUGCACCCAUGUCUGUGUUUGGAACGAGUCCCGGAGGGAACCAGAGAGAGACUCAGGAGGGGCCGGAAAACAAGAACAGGAGGAAGCGUCCCAACACAUAUCAGCAGGUCAGGGUGAACCUGUGGGCCCAGGAAGCAGUGAGUCAGCAGUCUGGCUUACAGGAUUUCCAACAACUGACUGCGCCCUGUUCUGCCGAAAGAGAGAGAGAGAGAGGGAGAAAUAGAGACGCCUUUACUGGAAACUGAAUCAUGUGAGGGGACGUGCACACGUGGUGGAGAAGCACAGGCACAGCAUGCUGCCAGCAGACGACUGCAGCACACUGGAGCAGUCAGGAGGACAUGUACUCUGGAGCGGCGCGACCAAAUGGGAACAUUUCCUUCACUGCACAUCUAUUUAUCUGUAUUUAAGGCUGGUCACUUUGCUAAAGGGAAUAUUUUCUCUGUUAAUUAUUAAUAUUAUCUGGAGGGCGACACAACAUGUUGUCCACUAACUGAUGUUUUCUCCAUGUUCAUUUUAUUUAUUGUGAAUAAUUCAAAGGUAUUGUUCUGUUGACUGAAUUAAAAUUUGAACAAGA